AUGGCCAGUGAAGACAAGUUUCCUCUGCACACGGCUGCUCGCGAGGGACAGGUAUCUGUCGCUGAGGGAUUGCUCAAGUCGGACCCGAAACUCUCGCAGCGAAAGGAUGACGAUGGUCGAUAUCCCAUCCACUGGGCGGCCUCGUCCAACAACUUGGACAUUGUCCAGCUGCUGGCCAACCAGCGCAGCUUUGACGCAGAUGUUCAGGACGAGAGUGGGUGGUCUCCUCUCAUGAUCUCGGCCAGUGUCCCCGAGAGCGAGGCUGUUGUGAAGCUCCUCAUUGCCAAGGACGCCGACGUCAACCUCAAGAAUGCUAGCGAACAGACUGCUCUUCACUUUGUAGCCUCAAAGAAGAACCUCGACAUCGCCCGCAUCCUCAUCGACAACAGCGCUUCAACACGCUUCCGCGACCGUCGAGGCCAGUAUCCCAUCCAUCGUGCCGCCGCAGUCGGUUCCGUCCCCAUGGUCACACUCCUUCUCAAGAACCGGAGUCCCCUGAAUCCUACCGACAAUGAAGGAUACACUCCUCUGCACCACGCCGUCGCAGAGGGUCACGGAGACACCGCUGUCGCCCUCCUCAAGGAAGGCGCCGACUUCACCAUCAAGAACAGCGCAGAAGAGCUGGCUCUGGAUCUUGCCCCAGACAAGGAAGUACGCAAUUAUAUCUUGCAGGGUGCUGAGCGCGAGGGUAUUGAGCUGUCGGGGUAG